UUAUUUGCAAGUUUCUAGUUUUAGCGCUGUGCAACACACUUGCCGAGAAUCCGAGUUUCUAUAGCGACGUAGUGUUUUUCUAGAGAAAUUAUAAUUUUUCAUUUGCAAAACUAGUAGAAUAAACAGGAGAAAGAAAGAGUCAGAACGUUGAAACGACUAUACAUUGGAUAGCGAUAAAAGCAUUCCGUAAAUAUUCCGCAAGUGGGAGCAAGAAAGCUCCCUGGGAUUUUCGCAAUUUGAAAUUUUGCAGAUAACCAGAGACUUGAGGAAGUGGAAAAAACAAAGGAUUUUGCGAUGGCCAGCGAGCCGGAGAACAAGCCACCUAUACUGCACAUCCUGGUAGUUGGAUUUCACCACAAACUGGGUUGUCAGGUGGAGUUCUCCCAUCCGCCCCUUAUAUCUGGAUCUACCGGGCGGAAUGAAUGUCCCUCCGGAUGGAAAUAUCUGCCCACUUUGGCACUGCCGGAUGGUUCGCACAACUUUACAGAGGACACUGUAUUCUUUAACCUACCAAGCUUGUUUGAGCCAGCGGCUAGUAUCUACGGCGUAUCAUGUUACCGGCAAAUACCCGUGGAAAAGCUAAAAAUCCGUACUGCGGACCUCACCCGUAGCACGGUACAAAAGUCUGUCUGCAUUUUGGCCCGCCAACCGAUUUACGGUUACAUCGAAGUCAAGUUGGCCCUGAUAGCGGAUGCCUUCUUCGACCAGGGAGAUUUCUCUGGCACGGAACUAUUGGUGAAGGCCUAUCAACAGCUCAACGCCUGCCUUUUGGACGACGAGUCUCGGCGACCGCUACGCCACUUCCAUGUAGGCUUAUCCUUGCGGGAAAUAGUGCUUCACUGGCGCCAUAAAACGUUGAUGCUUUUUAAACUAUUUCUUCUUCAACGAAGAGUUGUCUGCUUUGGUUCUCCCGUGCGCGGAAUGUGUGUCCUGAUCCUGGGCAUGGCUUCUCUAGUUCCCCGGCUGCUGGAAAAGGGAUUCCAAGAGGUGGCGUGCGUGCGCACAUCCCGACCUUUGUCGCCGAUGCCCGAUUUCACCGACUCGCUGCAAAGGGAGGCUCAAGCAGAAGCGGAACUGGCCUCUUGCGUAGUGCCCCAGCAUCCGGAACCCGAACAGGAGCAGGAGAAACUCACGCCUGAAAGCGCCACGGCGAUCGAGGGCGAUGCAGAAGAGCUGGCCCUCGUCUCAUCGGCUGCAUCGGCCGGGGGCGAUGAUGAGGAUGAGACUUCACCGCAAUCCACUCCCAACUCGCAAUCCCAAGACUCAUCCAACUUUCCGGGUUCUUCGAACGGAAGGAACAGCUCUCUAACUCGAGAGGCUAGCGUCGACACUCUAGCAUCGAAUUUGGCCGCCCUGUGUUCUGUGAAUCCUGACGAAUACCGAGCUCCAGUCAGCAUCUUCGCUAGCGGCAAUCUAUGUCUACCAUAUCUGUCGCUUCCGUACAUGGAUCUUCUCAGCGAUCCAAUGGUCCUGUCCUAUGUCAUUGGUACCUCCAACGUGCUGUUCCAGCAGAAACGCCAACUGGCUGACGUUCUGGUGGACAUUGAGGCGGCCAAUCUCGAUGCACACGAUCCGGAAUUGAAGCGGCAGCUAGUGCUAAGCACUGAGGACUUGCGCUACAUGGACUAUAUACUGAAACAUGUCCAAACCCCGAAGGAGGAUGCCGAGGGCAGCGAGUACUGGAUCCGUGAACAAUUCCAGGGCUACAUUUUGGCCCUGUUGCGUACUUCUGUGGCUCCUGAUGCCACUACCAAAGACAACGAUCACUUCAACUCCCACUUUAUGGGUGCAUUUAAACGUACGCAGUGCUUUCAAGAAUGGUAUGAUGUGCGGCCAGAUGCGGAAUUCUUUGACGCCCUGCCUUCGGGUCAUCCUUUUGCCGGGACAUUGUCCGUGGCCGACAUGAAACUUAAAUUAGCGCAAACCAUGCAGAACAGCGAGAGCGGACGCAAGAUAAACCAGGCGGUAAACACGACGAGUCGGGCCGUUGGCGGGGCCAUUUCCCAGGCCAAAGGAGCCUUCUCCAGCUGGUGGUCAUCGAUAACGACGGCGCCGACCAGUGCGAAUCCCACAGCAGCUCCCAAUGGGCAGGAAUCGGGCGAUGGCAGCGAGGCUGCAGCCGGAUUAGAUUUCUCAGUGACAUUCCAGAACCACAAGGAUAUGGAGGGCCUGGACAUGGCCGGCGUUAGCAUUCACCUGGCUGGCCAGGAGGAGACACAAGAGCAACAGCAGGGCAUUGUUGAGAUUGGACGCGAGGCAGAACUUCUGGACAAAAGCAGCAAUUCCACGGAGGAACCUAAACCCACAGCUAUUCGUCCAUCGGGUUGCGGUGGAGACGUGGCUGCUUCCUCCACAUCCUCGAUGGAGCACAAUAGCGGAGAUGUUUUCAUCGUUUAAGAGGAAAUUCUGCUGUACUAUUGAUCUUUGUAAAAUAUCGAACUAAGCUAUAUGAUAAUUAUUUAUUACGCAACAAAUUGUCUCAGUCUCAAUGUUGAAUUUAUCUUUAAUAUUCUAUACUACUUCUAUUGUUUGUAACUCUGUAACAGAAUGGGCCAAGAUUGUUGGUCGGAAAUUGCAGAAGUAGCCUGUGGCAUAGCACAGUGAAUUGUAAACAGAAAGGAACAUAGUGAAGUCCUUAAAUGAUUUCUUACGUUAAAUUUAUUUGAUUAAGCAAAGUUGCUUAUCUUUCCACUUAACUAUGCAUUUGAUCCUACCUAGUUUGUAACCAAUUGGCCAAAAUUAUUGUAAUUCUAUAUAAGGAUAUGUUUAGUUGUCCUCAAACCCUUGCCACGCGCAUCUUUCAGUGUACAUUUGUGUCCAUGUAAGCCGUUCCAAGUGCAAUUUGUUAUCCAAAAACGAGAAAAACGUAAAGUACGAGAGCAUAAUCCAUUUGGCAAUAAGCAACUCAACGAAAUAUGAUAUUUAUAGAGCUCGAGUCAAGGCUCCUGCCGGGUAGUCACCACCUCCAUGAUAUUUAGAGGCUGUCCGGUCAGGAUUCUUGUACCAUGAUCCUGUGUCCAACUCUACCUUAUCCAAUUGUACUCCAAAACAUAAAGAAAUUAUAAAAAAAUUGUGUUUGUUUUGUUUAAAAAAUAAAAUUGCCACGUAACGACGUAAUAUUACGGAAUAGGGGCUUCAAUAUCCUUAGUCGAUGUUAUGAUGUAUAUAUUUUUAGGGAUUGACCUAAUAUGUUUUGUAUUCCACAGGUUAGCCAGCUUCAUCCGGAUGCCGGAGCGUCAAUCAAAAAGGAUCAACGCUCUAUCGUCACAGGAUCAUCUCCCGCAACCCAUGGAGGAUCUUUCUGUAGAAUAUGAAAUAAAAUGGAUUAAGGAUA